AUGUUGUUUGGUUUACCUCCAUUUUACAGCAAAAACCAACAAGAAAUGUAUCAAAAAAUAAUUAAUCAACAAUUAAUUAUACCCUCAAAUAUUUCUUUAUCUGCUAGAAAUUUUCUACAAAGAAUUCUCCGAAAAAAUCGUUUUGAACGACUUGGAGCUAGAAAUUUUGAUGAAAUUUGUUUUCAUCCAUUUUUUGCUUUAAUUGACUGGGAAAAAUUAAAUAAGAGAGAAAUUAGGGCCCCGUUUAUACCUAAAAUACGGAGUGAAACAGAUACAGUAAAUAUUUCAAGAACAUUUACUGAUAUUGAACCAAAUCCAGGUGAGAAAGAAUUUUCUAAAAAUUAA